AUGCAGACUGCUUCUACAAACAUUUGUGAAAGAGUGUGCAAUAAGUCCAUCCGUGAAAUUUCCUUGCUACUAAAUAUUCCACAGUCAACUGUUAGUGGUAUUAUAACAAAGUGGAAGCAACUGGGAACAACAGCAACUCAGCCACAAAGUGGUAGGCCACUUAAAAUGACAGAGUGAGGUCAGUGCAUGCUGAAGCGCACAGUGUGCAGAAGUUGCCACCUGUCUGCAGAGUCAAUAGCUAAAGACUUCCAAAUUGUGUGUGGCCUUCAGAUUAGCACAACAGUGCUUAGAGAGCGUCAAGGAAUGGAUUUCCGUGGCCGAGCAGCUGCAUCCAAGCUUUACAUCACCAAGUGCAAUGCAAAGCAUCAGAUGCAGUGGUGUAAAGCACACCACCACUGGAUUCUA